GACAGGAAGGAAAUUUGUGGAGAUGACUUUACUGGUCUGUACACACGCGUGCAUGUCUGCCUGCUUUCAUUUCACAUCACAAACUAAUAUUUACUUUGAUUACUCAAGCAAUAUUUGCUCAGAGUGCACCAGCUCCGUAAUUGGUCCAUUAAAUCUGUACAGUGUCCAAUGCUAGACAUAAAACAAUGUACUUCUAAAAACAAAAACAUCACCUCCAAAUGACAAGUCAGAAAUUGAAUAUAAAAAUCAUAACAGCACUUUGAUUGUUGAAUAAUUGAUAGAAGAAUGGACAAUGUUGCUGAGACAUAAGCUGAAAAGGGAAACUAUUAUUAUGUGCUGCAUGAUGUUGUUGCCAGCAUUUCUUACAGGGCCACCACCAAACUAAACAGAAAAGUGUCCGUAAUCUGAGACAUAAAGCACUUCUUUCCUGAAAGAAUAGGAAUCUGUUGUGUAAACAGGGGAGUGUUACUGUUGCAAUGCUUGAAUUAUCUGAUGAGCUAGGCCCUUUGCUUCGUAAACGGGGGGGGACGGGGGGUAGAGGUGUUAAGAUAUGACGAUAAAAAGACAAUCGCGAUAUAAAUUCUAACGAUUAUUCUAUAGUCGGUAGUUUUAAUUAUCGCGGUAAUUUUAUUUAUUUGUAUUUAUUAUUUUGCCCACUGAGACGCAUCAACUGGACAGAAUGCAGGAAAAAACUAUAAGAACAUCCAGUAGAUGGCGAUAAUUAACCUUUCACUGGGUUUUAUAGCCACAAAAAUCAAGAGAAGCGCGCAACAAAUAUGGAGGAUAGCGAGAGAGACGUACAGCUGCAAUCAGUUAUCAGUUUUUAGGAAAAUGACGAUGGCCAGGUUAUUGGAGAGGGAGGUCCGAUUUGUAAAUUUACGUCGAGCUGAUCUUUCGAGCAGCAACAAGACGAAUUUGUUCACGCGUUUACGAGAUCACCGCCAAGCACCUUUAUAAAGACAUAACAUCCGUAAGGAACACUUACGUUUAUUAAAAACAGUCAAGUAAAACCAAUUGCGUGUAUAACAAUCCGAAUGCGUUUAACAUUCUCUCUCUGUAUAAAUACUUGGAUGAAGGUUAUAUUUGCAUCCUGAGCCAUUCGAUAAAAAGUGAUAUUACCACAGUAGUGACGUCAAGAAGUGAUAAUUCCUAGAGGAAAAUGUACUUGCCCAUUGGAUUCCUCGAGACCAUCGCUUUCAAUUCAAACACAAAAUGUCUAGUUUUGGAUCAACAAAAUGAGAAUACGUUAAAAAAAAAAAGGUGCAUUCGUAUCUCGGAGAAACUAAACGGACAACGACAUCGAACGUCUGUACAGCAGCGACAAACACCAUUUAAAUAAAUAAUAAAAAUCUCGUUUUUAACAUUGGCAUUUCAAGGGUAUCCUUGUAUUAUGAAAAGUCCUCGGUCUCGUAAACUAUGACAAGCUAUAUUAUGAUUUAGAAAUGCGUUAAACCCAAGUACCCAGUAGUGUCGCUAUUUGAUUUCGGAGUAAAACACUGUUGACAUCCUUAAAAUCAAACUAAUCAGGUUUAAUAUUGAUGAAAUGGCACUUUAUAGUUUACUACCUAUGUUUUCUAGAUCUUUAAAAUAUUGAGUGUUUUCUACAUUUUUUUUUCAAUUUGGUUUAUAAUGUUGUAAAACACGUUGUAGUUUAAUAAACAGUUAACAUUUUAAAUCUGUAAGAACUCUUUUGAUAGUUCUUCUUAAAAAAUAUCAUGCUGUAUCGCAAUUGUGAUAAUACCCCACAGAAUAAUCGCCGAGAGAAUUUUAUAUCAUGACAUCCCUGUCUGCACUUAAACUAACGCAGUUGGAGUGAAAUUAUACAUCGUGCAAGUUGGAAUCUGUUUUUUUUUUUUUGGUUUCCUGUUGGUUGGGUCACUCACAGUGGUGGUUUUCUGAGUGCUGCUGCUGGAGUGUAUAAUCUGUAACGCCUUACACAGCAGUGUGUGGGAGGAGACUGGGCUGCAAUUAGAUUUUCAGCGAUAGUUGUACGAGUUGAGGGCUCAGAUUGUGAGAUCACGUCCUCAACUAUGUGCUGUAGUCAGCUUGUCUAAUUAGUUGUACCUAGAUUUUGGACUGAUGUGGAGCCGAUUAAUCAAUUUAUUAUUUAAAAAAAACAAAAACAAAAAACCUCUAAAGAUUCAGCUGUACUCUCGGGAAAUUGAUCCACGAAUCAGCCACUGUAAUAUGGGCUUUACAUAGAUUUUUCCCCUUUGGGGGUUACCGUUUUUGAUACUGUGUUGGAAAUACCCCUUGGAAUACAGCAUUGUCGGAAUCGAAACAACCUGGGAAGGAGUCAAACUGCAAUGUGGGGGAGACUGGGUUCGGAUUAUGGAGACGGGUUUAAUAAUAAUUAUAAAAUAGGUGCUGAUAUACCUUCAACAGGAUGGUUACCUGGUGCCGAGUCAAUGUGGCAGGCAGCAGCCUCCUCCUCAAGCAGCACCAGUAACCCUGGGAGAUGUCUCAGCGCAACCUCUGACAGCGUGGACACAGGGAUAGGCAUGUCCUGCUCUGACAGCGUAGAUGACCACUCAAGUUCCAGCACUUUGUCCUUCAAGCCUAUCAAGGCCCAAGUACCCAUCCCCACAGCCCAUGUGAUGCCGUCCACCUCCAGGUUCAAAAGCAGCAGCCCGCUGGCCGGGAGUGACUGGUGCUCAUGCCUGAUUCUGCCCGCUUGCAGAACAUUGCUUUCCUCAGACACCCCCCCGGACAUGAAGGACCCCAGGCCUAUGAGGCGGUGGUCUUCUCUCACCAAACUCAACAGGCCCGAGAACAGUAGCCCUGGGGGGGAGCCGUAUUUGAAAGGGGAAUCGCAGGACUACAAGGAGGGGUUGCCGGGUGACAGUGCAAAACUGUACAGCUACAAGCUAACUGGGAUAGAUCCCCUGCACCACAGGAUGCAGCACCUGAAGAUGGAGGAUCGGCAGCUCAAUCAAAAUCGGUCCCCAGGCUCCGAACCCAGGUGCAAAUAUGAGAUGUGCAGCAAAGGUGACGCGAAUACUGCUGCUCCUCCUUCCUUCAAGCCGAACGCCUUAGACAUGACCUUUAGUGCCUUACCUGAAAGCAAGCCAGUGAUAACUCACCAUGAGGCCUAUGGACAGAGUUAUCUGCCUUUGGGGCACCAGGCUGUGGGUGAUUCACUGAUCCAGCCAGCUGUCAGGACUGAAAUAUGGCUCAGUGAGCAGAUGCAUGCUAAUCCUGUGGAUUAUAGCAGGCCUGCUGGUGGCUUGUGUGGGUUAACUGCUUGGCAGCAUCAGCAACAACAGCUAGAGAAUCUCCGACAAGAGGCUGAACUGAUGCAGAUUCGUGGUGGAUCCCCUUAUCAAGUAAACACCCUAAUGAAAAUCAAGGAAGACCAACUUCGACAGAAGGAGUUGGUGAUUGACCGGCAGAAGCAGCAGAUCGCCCAGCUGCAUCAGAGGAUGGCAGAAAAUGAGCUGCGGGUGGAACAAGUAAUCCGGCGUCCACAUGGGAAUUACGAGGAUCAGUACAUACUGAAGGAAUCGCAGUAUGACAAAUCUCCCUUGCAGGCACAGCUUUCAGGAAGAUCAAAAGCUGUCCACUAUGAGAAUGAAGAGCUGGAGCACAAGCUCGCUACCGCAGAGCUGAAGGUUGUACAUCUCCAUGACGUCCUGAAGCAAAACACACAGAAGUACACAGAAGAGAUAAAGAAAUUGGAAGAGAAGGUGACAGCCAGAGAGAAAUAUAUUAGCAGCGUUAAGAAGAAAUGUCAGAAAGAAUCUGAACAAAACCAGGAGAAACAGCAAAGAAUAGAGACGCUGGAGAAGUACCUUGCAGACCUCCCUUCACUAGAUGACAUACAGACCCAAGCUCAGCAGCUGGAAGUCCUUCAGGAGACGUCACACAAACUGCAGGAGACGGUUCAUGAUCUGGAGGAGAGGCUAAAGGAACACCGAGCUCUGGUCAAGGAGAAAGAGGACUUCAUUGACCGCCAGAAGAUAAAGGAGAAGGAGCUAAUCGACGCUGUGCAGAGCUUGCAGCAGAAAGUGGAGCAGUGCCUUGAAGAUGGUGCCAGACUCCCAAUGUUGAACAUGAAGCAGCUCGAGUGUGAAAAUGAUCGCCUCCAGCAGCAGAACAAGCGAAACAAACAGAUCUUAGACAACCAAAAGAGACAAAUUGGGAAAUUGACAACAAAAUUGCAAACUGCAGAGCAGAAGUUGGCGCAGGAAGAAUCCAUCUCCCAGGAGCUUCAGAAGCAGGCAGUUGAAAAAGAACAAGACCUGCAGCGACUGGCUAAAACUUUGCAAGAGGUAGACUGUUUCAUUCUUUUAGCACUGAAAUGCAGCAACCUGUCAUUAAAACUAUGCUUGAUUGACCACCUUUUUAUCCCACCGAACACAGUGACAGUGGAAUACAUUAUAGGGCAAGCCUCUAUCCACGCUGUGAACGAUUCAGAUGCGUCUCUUCCCGGAUAUACGCCCACCUGCAUAUGCUACUCGCGCCACCCCGAUUAUGUGUUCCGCCGUGCGAUUGACACAGAGUCGUGCCGCGGACCUGCUACAGCUCAUAUAUGUCACUGUCGCUCCCCACCUGCCACGUCGCGCAUAGAAGGUAGCUCGACUUGGUUUCUAAAAUUUUGUAUGGACUUUUGCAGGCAGAAGCAGCAGAUCGCCCAGCUGCAUCAGAGGAUGGCAGAAAAUGAGCUGCGGGUGGAACAAGUAAUCCGGCGUCCACAUGGGAAUUACGAGGAUCAGUACAUACUGAAGGAAUCGCAGUAUGACAAAUCUCCCUUGCAGGCACAGCUUUCAGGAAGAUCAAAAGCUGUCCACUAUGAGAAUGAAGAGCUGGAGCACAAGCUCGCUACCGCAGAGCUGAAGGUUGUACAUCUCCAUGACGUCCUGAAGCAAAACACACAGAAGUACACAGAAGAGAUAAAGAAAUUGGAAGAGAAGGUGACAGCCAGAGAGAAAUAUAUUAGCAGCGUUAAGAAGAAAUGUCAGAAAGAAUCUGAACAAAACCAGGAGAAACAGCAAAGAAUAGAGACGCUGGAGAAGUACCUUGCAGACCUCCCUUCACUAGAUGACAUACAGACCCAAGCUCAGCAGCUGGAAGUCCUUCAGGAGACGUCACACAAACUGCAGGAGACGGUUCAUGAUCUGGAGGAGAGGCUAAAGGAACACCGAGCUCUGGUCAAGGAGAAAGAGGACUUCAUUGACCGCCAGAAGAUAAAGGAGAAGGAGCUAAUCGACGCUGUGCAGAGCUUGCAGCAGAAAGUGGAGCAGUGCCUUGAAGAUGGUGCCAGACUCCCCAUGUUGAACAUGAAGCAGCUCGAGUGUGAAAAUGAUCGCCUCCAGCAGCAGAACAAGCGAAACAAACAGAUCUUAGACAACCAAAAGAGACAAAUUGGGAAAUUGACAACAAAAUUGCAAACUGCAGAGCAGAAGUUGGCGCAGGAAGAAUCCAUCUCCCAGGAGCUUCAGAAGCAGGCAGUUGAAAAAGAACAAGACCUGCAGCGACUGGCUAAAACUUUGCAAGAGAACCAGAGACUGCUGGAGGAGAACUGUAGACUGAAAGAACAGCUUCAGCUUUUCAAUGAGGAGAAACGGCAGUCCUGCAAUGAGAAGCCUCUUGUUGAGCAGCUCCUGAAGGAGAUGUCUCAAUGCCUGUUAGACCUCAAGACCCUGUGCAUCAUUCUCACCCAGAGAGCCCAGGGCAAAGAGCCCAACCUUGCUCUGCUGCUGGGAAUAAAGUCCGUGACCUGUUCCAGUGAAGAAACUGAAAAUAUUAACAGUGAAGAUAGUCUCAUCACCAAGCUUUCUGUAGUGUGUCAGUUACGAAAGGACAUUGAUGAAUUGAGGACUGUAAUGUCAGACCGCUAUGCUCAGGACGUGGGAGACAACUGCAUCACUCAGUGACAUUUUGUUGCCUUUCAGCAAUAACGGACUGUGAUUUUUGAAUGCUGCAUUGUCAUACUGGAGCCGUAUUGUAAGAUAGAAACUUGCAAAUGUCUAUAGAGAGUCUAGGAUGAGCUUUGCAUUUUGUGUGGCAAAAAAAAAAAAAAAAUCACACAGCAAAGUAUUAGGAGUACUGUGAAUUAGUUUACAUUUGGGUCAUUUAGUUCUGACCCAAGUGUUUUUUUUUAUUUAUAUUUUUUAAGUGAUGGUUGGUUAUAGCAUAGCAUGUCUGCAGUAUGUGUUUGUGCUAGAAAUCUGUUUUUCUUUUUUCUUUUUUACUUCUAUGGGCAAUUACGUGUCUGUCUGACACAGCCUUUAUUUUAUUUUUUUAUUUAGCUUGACAUAGGCUUGCUCAGAUCCAGCAGCUUCUCAGUUCAGCUGUUGUAUCAUGAAAAGUAACAAAAAAUAAACAAGCAGCAAUGAAAAGAAUACUAGUAAACCUGUGAAAUAUGACACAUGAUGCUGCGUGCAAAGUGCCUAGAUAUCUGACAGAUAUAUAACAUGCAUACUUACUUGAAAGAUCUACUGGGAGUUUUACAGUUAAGUUGUAAACUGGUUCAGUCAGGACUUUUAAUACCCAAGCAAUCCAGUUGACCGCAUUCGUUCAGCCUGACAGUGUCUUCAUGUGCUGUUGAUGAAUGACUGUGAGUCGCAGGUCGACAAGAACACUGAGUGGUGAAAUUGUGGCGCUACUGUAACUAACCGCAUGACCCAGCUUUGCAGAAUUAGGGUUCUGUUAACUGGCGGUCUGUUUCCAAUCCACCCUGCUUAGGUGCAGCAGUGAGCAGCAUUUUAAAUUCAGGGCAUGUUGUUGUUUUCUUUUCUUCUCUAUGGCAGAGUGAAAACCCUUGUCAUAUGUGAGAAGUGGGUAACAGUUCCUACAGUUUACUUGCAGUAUUGACUUUGCAUAUUGCCUUUAGGAUGGGAAACAAUGUUACCUGGGAGAUUAACUCACAUUAUUCUCUACAAGUUUCCAAUGGUUUACAUUUCAAAUGUUGGUCUUAAAAAUGGUAAAGAAACCUCUUGUGCCCACAUAGUGAUUUUUAUUUUUAUUUUGUUUUAAUAUUUAAAGAGAUACGUGUUUUUAGAUUCACCUCCAAUAAAAGGGGAAUUGUUUAUUAA